ACCACGACGGUCCGAGUGGCUGAGCUUGGAUGAGGCCGGUGCAGUAUGUACAGCGUAGAAGACCUCCUGAUCUCUCAUGGAUACAAACUGUCCAGGAAUGUCCCAGCACCAAAGGAGAGCUACGAGGGGCGCCAGCAAGCACGAUCGAGAGCACGAGCUGGCCCUGCACUGCUGAAUGGCUGUGAGGAUCGCCCCAAAGCCUCACCACAGAGUAAGAAAGCACUGGGGAAAGGGCGUGUGAGUGAGACUGAAAAGAACAGCCGCAUUCUGAGAGUCCACGGAGAGCCCCAGGGCGCGUCUGCUUCUAGAACUUCUGAGGCAGGGUUUUAUAGUCAACCUGUGCUCGUGUGGACCUCUCAGCCCCAGACCGGUCACGAGCAAGUCUACUGGAGAAAAAGAGGCCCGGAGGUCCAUGGUGUGCUGGGUCCUCAGGAGCUUGAAGACGUGGAGAUCAGAAAGAUGGCUCAGGCCCACAGUCUGCCUGUGCACAUGCGGGAGGGCCCCUGGGAAGUUGGAGGAAGGAUAGAGAAUGUGAUGAAGAAGGCAGUUUGGGAAGAUGAACUGAGAAUGGCGGGUCCUGCCAAAUGGAGGGAUAUAAGUCUCGAAAGCUGGAACCAGCCAAGGAAAUUAGGAAGGCAUAUGUCAGAUGGUGAUGGGGAGAAACUGUUUCAAGAUCUGUAUCCAUUUGUGCAAGGAGAUCAAGUGCUCACGUCCCAAAGCAAAGGGAAAUCCCAGUCAUUACCUAGAGUUCUUGUCCCUGAGAGCAUGAGUUGCAUGGAAAUUCCCAUCCCAUUAAACGAUGCACAUUUACCGGGUGUUCCUAAAAUGCCGUUUUACCCUCCAAAUUGUGCGCCACAUUUGGAGUCCACAAGGAACCUGGAAAAGGAUGGCUCUUCCGCUCCUUUCCCUCGGCCUAAGUUCGGGCGACCUCUCAAGCCACCUCCUUAUGACGCCCACCAGCACUCCAGGGGGCCUGUGGAGAAUAGUGACUCUCUGGACAGUCUGCAGACAGACCCGUGUGCUUCUUACAUGACCAAAAGCAGCGACCCCAGGCAGGAGCUCUUCAUGUCCGACUAUGGUUUGGAGCCUCCCAUGUAUGUGCCUCCACCAUCAUACAGGUCACCGCCCCAGCCCAUCACAAACCCCUACUUGGAGGAGGCCACACCCAGGCUGGUGAGUGGUGGCCGCGGUCAACAGCAGCAUCCAAUGGUGAAGGCCAGUGCCAGUAAUCAGCUUCCUGCUGUUUCCCUCAGAACUGGGAAUGAAUAUGGCGUAGCCCCACGCUCUCCUCAUGGGGUCCCUCCACAGCCUCGACCCCCCACUGCAUAUGAUGGCUCUGUUCUGUAUAUCCCCUUUGAUGAUCCACGGAUCCGACAUAUCAAACUAGCUCAGCCCCAGGGUUUCUGUGAGGAAACAAAGCUGGAUGAUAAGCUGUACGACUCUGGUCCUGUCACUCCCUCAGAGCCAGCUCCUGGGAGCCUGCACCCCUAUGGUGCUGUUUUGAACCCACAAAGCCGGGGAGCCCCAUCAGGCAGCAAGAGAGGCCCCACCUCUGACCCCAGCUCCCAGUGGCUGUGGAGCCAGGUCCCCAGGGGCGGAGAAAAUGGUGGCUUUCCUGACCAAAGAGAUUCUUUUGGUGUCACGAGAGGACAGUGGCCUGACAUGAGAGGCAGCCAGCAUGGUCAGGUGGGGGGCCAGGCCGCCUCCCUGCACCCCCAGUCCGCGAGUACCUGUGAAACGCGAACCAAGCUCAAAAAGUUUGAAACUGGGCUUCAGACCAAGAAAAGUUCAAAGAAAAAAACGAACGAGACAAUAUUUUGCUUGGUUUCCAUCCCAGUUAAAUCAGAGUCCCAUCUGCCAGAGAUAGAUACGAACAACAAUGACUUAAAGCAGAGUGCUGAUGAAAAGAAUGGGCUUGAUAAGAGCAGGGCUCUGCAGGAGCACAGUCUGUUGAGCAUGUCUUCCACUGACCUGGAGCUGCAAGCCCUCACAGGAAGCAUGGGUGGGGUAACAGAGUUCCAAAAACAAGGUCUGGGGGAACCAGAAGAAGACAAACAAACAAAUGACCUCAGUUCCAUUCACCCGACACAACACAGAGAACUCAAGUAUUCUGGCUCCUGGCCAGAGCACCAGUACAGGGACCAGCAAACACAGACCAGUUUCAGCGAAGGUUCCAAAACUUCACAACCCCUUCCAGGGGCAAAGCUGGGAGGCUCACCUAAUACAGUGCUGGCUGCCAAAUUUUUGGAUCCUGCUGCCUCUGAAGCCCAAAUGAUGCACCUGGCAUUGGCUUCCAGCGACCCAAAACAGAGGCCAAAUAUUCAUCACCUAAAAGGCCAAAUGUCCCUCAACCUGUCCAGCAACAGUGCUUUCUCACGGACUCCCUCAUCCAUAAAUCAUGCACCUGUGUCUAAAUCCAGCCAGAGUCAACCCUGUGUGGAUGGCCGUGGGCCCAGAGCCAGCCCCGGGCCCAAGGAUGAGGUGGUGAAGGGGGAACCCACAGGCCCAUGCAACAGUAAACAGCUGUUUGGUCAGUUUCUCUUGAAGCCAGUUAGCCGUCGUCCCUGGGAUCUAAUAAGCCAGUUAGAAAGUUUUAACAAGGAACUUCAGGAAGAAGAAGAGAGUGGUGAUAGCAGCAGUGUCAGCAGCGACGAGGACAGUGAAACAGAAGGGCUGCAAGAAGGCCAUGUUCAUCCGAUCCCCAGGAAUUUGGGCUUCAUUGAAAACAGCCAGGAGACCAGAGCUGAGGAGCUACCAAGGAUGCUGGUGCUAGAGGAACCUGCGUGCAGAUCAGAAAGAAUUAAGAGUAAAUCUGAGAGCUGGAGUGAGGAGCAGAAGCCUGGCCACCCGCCCUCCUGUCAUCAACCCCCGGGCCCCUGGCAGAUGGGAAGCAGCAGAGGUGAAUCAUUGCUGUUAGCAGCUGGAAACUUGAUUACAGAGAAGGGAAAGGAGGUUGAGAAGAGAAUAAACCAGCUAGCAGUCAGCCCAGGUCCUGUGAAAAGAAUGACCUCUUCUAGAUUAAGUGACACCAGACCAGUCCCUCAGUUUGAUCCCGCUGAGCUGAGGGAGUCGCGGGAGCAGCAGAACGCCCCUGGAACACUAACUUCUGUGGAGCCGAGCAAAGCCCUCCCUCUGGAAGCUGAUAGUGGCGGGGCGAGGGCCACGGUGGUGGCCGCCCCUCUCUCUCUCGCUGACAAACCCCGAGGACUUUCAGCUCCAGACUUGAGGUCUGUGGGUCUGACCCCAGAAGAAGAACAGAGUGCCGCGAGGCUAGACGGGCCUCUGGGUGGGGCGAGCGCGGUGGAAAUCCCCCCAAAUGAGUCCCUUCAAGCAAGGGCUGCGAGGAUCCUGGGCAUCGAGGUGGCCGUGGAGUCCCUGCUUCCUGGCGCCAGGAGGCAGGGACAGAUGAUGUAUUCUGAGCCUGAAGAAAGUGCUGGAAGGCUGGAGUCUCCCAGCGAGGAGCCAGUGUCCACUCCAGUCCAGUUGGAUGACCCCACGGUGUCCACUGAUGCCUUUUACGGAAGAAGAAAGUGUGGCUGGACUGAAAGCCCUCUCUUUGUUGGGGAACGGGACAGUGCGAGACGGGCUCCCCAGGUGUCUAAGCACCCAGGUGUGGAUGGGGCCGGCCCCAGUAGGGUGUCGGACCUUGACUCUCAGCCCAAACCCCGAGAGCCCCAGUCCUUUAAUCACGAAGAUGCAGGGACAAAGCCACCAUUCAGGUCCACUUUGUUCCAUUUUAUAGAGAGGACCCCAAGCAUGACAGGUUCAGAAAAGAAGUUCAGGAGUACUUCCAAAGUGAUUGAAAGUUUACAAGAGAAACUGGCAUCCCCCCCUAGGAGAGCGGCCCCUGACCGUUUGAUGAGGAUGAAAGAGAUAAACUCUGUGUCCCGGAUGAGGCUCCUGAGCUCCUGGAGCACCGACUCCACAGAGGAGCCCGAGGAACUGAAGGCAGAGAGGCUGCAGCCCGGAGGCCUGGUGUCUCUGAGCUCCGGGGGCCUCACCUGGAAGGUGGGGCACUCACCGCCCCUCUCCAAGGGCACCCUCUCACUGGAAGAAAAUGGACAUCUAGGAGCACAGAGGGAGAAGAAUGCUGAGCAGGACUUCUGGUGCCCAGCAGAUUCCUAUGACCCUAGCAGAGUGGAGAGGGUGUGACAGAUGAGAUGUCUGAGAAGCGUGGACCACUGCUGGCUCAUGGAGUGUCUUGAGUCUGUCAGCCCGGCAUGCCUGUGUGGGAGGCAGAAAGUGCUGGUCGCUAGUGCACUGUUCCACCCUUUGCCUCUGCCACCAGGAAUCUCAUCAUCCCUCCAGAGUCCCUUGUGGAAAUAAUGCUGUAGUCCCUUGACACCAUCUGGUUUUAUAGCACGAGGAGCAACCCCGAUGUAGAAGAGUCACACAGACUGCCCCAAAGGAUGGGGUUAAGCCAGCUGGUAAAUAUUUUGUGCCAGCCUGGUUCUAUGGCAAAACUUAAACAUGGACAAUGGAGUGAAUAAUUUUGAAAGGCCUGUGGAUGUCAUCAGUUUCCUUAGCAUCUCCAUGGCCUGCUCUCCACACUCGGGUGAAGGAGUUUGGAACGUGCACCACCGCCUUGUGUUUCAGCACUUUGAGUUUAGGGGAAAUGUGAAGGAAUAUGUAUGGUCCAAUCAAAUCAAGUUGAUGUGCAGCUGCCAGAGUAAAUUUACCUAUAAGUCAUCUUCCAUCGGAGAAUAAAAGCAAUGUCUUUUGCCCAAAAGCUGAACAGUUGUACUAUAAUAUCUAAGAGUCUUAUUUAUCUGGCAGUGAAAUACUUUGUUUGCAAACAUGCCAUUGUCUGCUUUGCACUCAGUAUUAGCUAUUUUAAUUUUCUGUAUGGAUGGUUAGAAAGUCUUUAUAUGAGAAAUGAUUGCUGGUUUAAAAUAGACCAUUUUAACAAAGUAUAUUUCUUUUUACAAAAAUAGUAUUUUUCUAUGAUGUAAACAAUUGUUAGGUGGCAAAUUUUUAAGGAAGUAUUAUUUUAUUUAAGAGUGUGUAUUCCCUUUGUGUGAGAAAUCUGAAGAGGGUUCAUAUUUGCUUUAGAGCAUAUAUAUAUAUAUAUAUAUAUAUCCCUUUACUGAUUCAGAACUCUGCUACUUUUAUCUUCAAAUGCAAUGUCAAUAUAGUCAUAUUAACAGGGUUAAUAAAAAUGAACAUUUCAUAGUUUUUUUUUUUUUUUAACAAAUGUAUCUGUAAGGUUAUAUUUGAAAAUAACCCUCUCAAAGCUAGUCAGGACCUUACCAGAAUUUUUGCCGCCAUAUCCACUAGAAUUACCAAAAAUACCAUGGUUUUAUCUCUGUAUGUCUAUGGGGAUCUGCCCUGGCAUAGUACCUUAAAAGAAGGUUUGGUCUUGUCCCCCAUCCCCUUAAAAGAAAUAUGUAUUUUUAUCUAGAGUGAUCGUUAACUCGUCUCUGCAUAAUUUUAAAGUGCUAGAGACAUUAUAUAUAUGGCAUUUGCAAAAGAAUUAUGAGGUCUACGUAUUCUGCGUUUACUAUUGCAUCGACCUGAACACAGUUUGUAUUUUUUAAUGCAUUUGUCCCACUUUUUCAGUAAGGC